AUGUUCCACCAUAACAGUUUUUACACCAUCCAGGGACUUGGUUGCCUGUACAGUCAGAGUCUUCGAAAGAUUCACCACCCGACGACGUCCCAUUUCUGCUCGUUCUCCAACACCGGCAACAUCAUGAUAUCGGAGACGGAUGCUAGACACCUGCGUCACUGCAUUGAGCUCGCUCGUCAAGCGGCUCAAGCGGGGGAUGGUGCCUUUGGGUCAGUUCUAGUGGACGCAACAGGCCAGGUCCUCAAGGAAGAUCGCAACCGGACGGUCACCAAUUCAGACGUUACGCUGCACCCGGAGUUCACGCUGGUCAAAUGGGCCCAGGAUAAUCUCAGUCCCACGGAACGCGCCACGAGCACUGUCUAUACCUCUGGCGAGCACUGCCCGAUGUGCGCGGCGGCCCAUGCAUACGCGGGCCUUGGCAGAAUCAUAUACGCCAGCUCGUCCGAGCAACUGGUACAAUGGAAGACGGAAUCCGGGGUAUCACUAGGUCCAGUUGCGCCGCUCCCGAUAAAUCAGGUAGCACCGGGUAUACUAGUCGGGGGGCCCGCACCGGGUCUGGAUGAGGAAAUUCGUGAACUGCAUCGACUGUGUUGGAGUCGAAAAGCGGCGUAG